AUGGCACGUACCAACAAUGAGCUUCUUGAUGAGGAGGACCAGCAGGAGAUCAACGGCAUCCUUACCGAGGAAGACAAGAGACGCCGCGAGGAGCUUGAGAGGGCGCCUAUGCAGAUCGAAGUUAAACACCUAGAGAGGCGAUGGACAAAGAAGGGAUAUUCAUACAUUACCGAGCCAAAGGAGGACGAGGAUGUACCCGAGGAGAAGAUUAAUUGGUACGAGAAGUAUGCCCUCUGUAUAACGCGCCAGUAUGAUAGCCAGAACAAAUACAUCUGCCGCACCUCACUCGAAGUCAACUCCCCCGGGCUCAAGAAAAUUCUAGCAGACGUCAUUGGCAGCAAAUUCCCUGGCCAGUCCUAUCUGACUUCCAGUAUCACCGUCGACUUCCCUCCCCGCAGUCUUUACCACUACCGACACGAGCUGGCCGAGGCUGCUGUCGGUCUCGAACCCGAUUCCGAUGGAGCCAGGCACCUUCCCCUUUUGCUCAACUUUAUUGACGAGGAGUUCAAUGAUGUCAUCACCAAAGGCGCAAACCUUCUUGAGCAGGGUUUGAUGAGCUACGAGCACCUCUGGACCAUCUUCCGACCAGGAUGCCUCAUCUACGCUACCCGAAUGAGCCAGGCUCGCGUGUACAGGCUCCACAGUUACCAGUAUACAUGCGGCCAAUGCCCAGGUCUUCAGCUUGGCGUCGAGUAUGUCGACUUUGACGGUGACAAGUUUGGCACGAGGCAUGAGGCCCUCUUGAUUCCCGCUUUUGCUGGAGUUGCGCCGAUCGCCUCUCUCAAUGCUCUUCCUUUGUUAUACCAUCCUAGCCCUGACACUGCCACGCGCAUCUUGACCGAGCGCGGUCGUCGAUGGGAGGCUCUCGCCGGCCAGAACUUCCGUCAGUACAAGGGUGUUGCGUUGGACCACCACAACCGCCGCUUCAACAUUGACGGCCGGGUCAUGGUUGACACUGAGACUCACCACCGCAUCAUGGCCGACCACGCCUUCAACGUCGUCUCGUUCCCAGAGACGGUAGGCCGGAAGCGGAAGCAGGACGACGAGACCGGCGAUGUAGAACUCGUUCCAAAGGAGACCAAUGAGUUUGCGCCUCUGACUGACGAGCAGUGCCUCCUGGCCAGCCCCAUGGUUCGUGGCUUUAGCUUUACCGAGAAGAAUUUCCUCAACUUCUUCGUCGACGAGAUCAGCCCCAUUGAGUGGAACACCCAAUGCUUCGAGCAGCUUGUCCUCCCAGACUCGCAAAAGGAGCUCGUGCAGGCUCUUGUCGCGCAACAUACCGCUCGCGCCACGGACCCAAAUUCAUCUGCUUUUGAUGACAUCGUCAAGGGCAAGGGCAAAGGCCUCAUCCUCGUCCUCCACGGCCCUCCCGGCGUGGGAAAGACGUUGACGGCAGAGUGCGUGGCCGAGUUUAGCCGUCGGCCCCUGUAUAUCGUCUCCUCGGGCGACCUUGGCACCUCAUCAGCGGUCCUGGACGACAAAUUGGCCAGGACGCUCGACCUGGCGAGCACCUGGAAGGCUGUUCUCCUCAUCGACGAGGCCGACGUCUUCCUCGAGCGCCGCUCGCUGCACGACAUGGAGCGCAACAGCCUCGUGUCCAUUUUUCUGCGCACGCUCGAGUAUUACAGCGGCAUCCUCUUCAUGACGACGAACCGCGUGCGCACCUUUGAUGACGCCUUCAAGAGCCGCAUUCACGUGCCGCUCAAGUACGACGACCUGCCCCGCGACAGCCGGAUGAAGGUGUGGAAGAACUUUUUGGGCAACGUCGAGGGCGGUAUCGACAUUGACGAGGCUGGGUACGAGAAGCUUGCUGAGAGCAAGUUGAAUGGGCGGCAGAUCAAGAACGUGGUGAGGACGGCCAAGAGUCUUGCUGCGUACAAGAAGCGGAGGUUGGACUGCGAGCAGUUGCAGCAGGUUGUGGAUAUCCAGAUGACCUUUGAGAGGGAGUUGGAUAGCGCGGAUGGUGAAAUUGAUAUGGUUGUACGAUAG